CAGGAGUAAAGAACAUUGAAAGCGAUUGUUUACUCCAAUAAGUUUUAUUUUUAAAACAAUUUAUGGGGUUUUCAUAUGGACUUUCGAGAUAUCCUUAAUGGAUUAACAGGUAGUCUGAUUCAUCUUAUGAUUAACGAUGCCUACAGUUAUCACUUGUGUUCUGAUAGCAACUGAUGCGUUUUACUUUUAUCAACAAGUAUUCUAAACUUUGUUUUUAACUGACUUCCAAACUUCACUUCAGUAUUUAUUGGGCCUCCACCUGAAAAUAUCAUCGAUAAAUUGCUCCUGAAACUUGAGUUUUGGCAACUGAAAAGGCGUUCAGACAUUCCACAGAUAAUCAUUUUUGAUGAAGAGUACUUGGCCUUCAGCUACGUUUAAGCUCACUAGUUGUUAAUUAUGGUUUGGGAUCGACCUUCACACUGCAAAUGAAUAACUUGUUGCAAAGACUCAUCACUAUUGUCUGUUUAGUCUUGUUUUUAUCUAAGCAAAAAACGACUUGUGAUACAAUCUAGUCAAAUUUAUGGAUACACAGUCAUGAGCAGUUUAAUGUCUCAAAUUCGUUCCCUAUUUCGUCCUGUGUCAAAAGUUCGGGGAAGUAAUAAUAACUCCGAGGUAUUUUUAAGGAGAGUAAGGUUGUGUCUUCUUACUGCAGUUGCUGGUUAUGACAAUAAGCACACUAAAUAUUCAACGAGGAUUUCGCCGAAAUGGGUUUACGGGGAUGAUGCUUGCUUCUUAUCAGUAACAGAUUCUUCGUACGUCUUAGGUGUCGCUGAUGGUGUUGGUGGUUGGCGGUCGUACGGAGUCGAUCCUGGUCGUUUCUCUAGAGCAGUUAUGAAGAAUUGUGAGCGUGUUGUAAAUUCCGGUCGUUUUAUUCCCGACAAGCUAGAGGUUUUAAUUGCCCAAUGCUAUGAAGAUGUACUGAAUUCCAAAGAACUUAUUUUGGGUAGCGCAACCCUAUGCAUAGUUUCAUUGCAACGUAAUGAACACAGAGUUUAUGGUGCCAGUCUAGGUGACAGCGGCUAUUUAGUUAUACGUGAAGGACAUGUGAUUCAACGUUCAGUCCACCAAAAGCAUUCAUUCAAUACACCAUUCCAAUUGUCUUGUCCACCUACGCUUCGCUCAAGACGUUUUCAUUGUGAUUUGUAGGUUUAAAAUAACAUUGUUUUAAUUUUUAAAUAUUUGAGUUCUGAUUCAAAUAAUUAGCACAUAAUAUGUACUGCAUAAUUUUCAAUGUAAUUAAAAUCAAGAAAUAAUGUAGUUUUGGGGUAGAAAUUCAUAAACUAAACUGACGAUAAUACCUAGCAAUCUAGAGUGACGUAGUCGAUGUGCUGUGUAGGUUCAAGACUGAAGGAAUAGUUCAGAGUAAAUACUCAGACCAAGAUACCAUAGUUUUAUAUUUAAAAGAUUGGUAGACAGGUAUAGUUCCUAUUAGUGGGACAUAGACUAGAUUAAAGCAAGCUCAAUGCACGAUUGCUUUGGUGGACGCUCUAGAAUCUUCUCAUGUAAAGACUAUAAAUACACUGACGUUUUCCCUAUUGUGCUUCUAACUUGCUUCUUGCUUCCAUCUAACCUUGUUAUUUGGAAUAUAAUCUCUUUCCUGUUCAACCGUGUUCUGAUUUGGGGACUUGUCGAGUGAAUCGGUAUCCAAGAAUACUAAGCAAUAGGAAUAGCUGGGUCAUAACCGUAAGAAAGAGAUUAUAACAGUUCCACAUUUUGAUUAACGUUAUCAGCUGAAAUGAGUUUUUUUCAGACAAUCUCUUGGUAUAUCAGUUAUUGAUAAUAAUGAAGGAAUGUCAGUUAAUUGUUCAUUGUUCAUGUGGAAUAUUGGAUUACUGGUUAUUGUACUCAUUUUAGAUAACUAGGCAGCACACCAGCCUCCAAAAAACCAGUAUAGUUCAAAGUCGUCGUUGAUUAUUAAAUACAUAAGUCUACGUGGGCAAUCGAUAAUUUUUUAUCCGGUUAUUGAGUUAGAUUCCAAUGUCUACAUGGCGAUUAUAUAUCGAACUUCUCCAUCUGUGUAACAGUUGUGCUUUGCUCUUCAAUUAUAGUAAAUAAAAAGAAACAAUUUAAGUUUGGUUUAGUUACAUUGCUAGUAUACCGAGCCUUUCGAAAUAAAUUUGUCUAGUCUAAUCUGAAUUGUACUACAUUGUUCAAGAAUAAUUUGGUCUUGUGCAACUUUUUUAAACCAUAAAUUUGGUUCCAUUGGAUGUUAAGUAUUUCCAACUGCUAGAAUAAUAUCGAAACGGAAAUGACUAUCGAGGAAAAUAUAUAGUGAACAAAUUGACUAAUAUAGACCGGUGAUUGUAAAUAAAAUGGGAUCCUUUACUAAGUGAACUUAUUUCUUUGUGAGUGCAAAACUCCUAACGGGGUCAGAAAUAAUAUCCGGUAUUUGCUUGAUCUGAAAAUCGUUUUAAUCAUGUAAAAAAGCUAUUCAGUGCUUAAUUAUCAUUGAUAUUAUCAUUCCUAAAUAUCAUGGUGAUGUUUCCUACCCAAAAUUUGUUUCUUGUCUUGUUUUUUAGUUACUAUGCCGUCAUUACCGAUUUGUCAAUGCUUUUGAUAAUUUAAGUACUUCUAUAGUAAAUUAUAUGUAUUAAAAUAUUUUAUAGACCUAAUCAAGCUGCUCAAACAUCUGUAGAAGUCAAACCGGGUGACGUAAUUAUCGUAGGCACAGAUGGCUUGUUCGAUAAUUUGACAGAAUCAAUGAUAUUACAAGAGGUAAAAACCAUUGAGGUAAGCUGUGUGUAUUUGUUUGGAAAAAUUUAUCAACUUCAUUUGAAGAUAAAUGAGAAAUUUGGCCUUCACAUAAGUGUUUGAAAACCGUCAGAAGUUUCCAGACUCAUAUUGUUGAUUGGAUGGAAAUCGAAUAUUUUUAAUAUAAAAAACUGUGAACAAUUUUUAGGGAAUGUUAGGAUAUUAGUCAAUUUUUUAUUGAUGUGAACACUACCAUAUAUUGUUUCUAAUGGUUGGCUAUAACCGUUGUGACACAAUCACUAGGUAAUUAUUCAAUCUCCGACAAAAGGGCUCGUCGUAUAAUUGUAUAGUUGAUCACACUCUAUAUUGAAUAACAGUGGUUGUGAAUAGAAUAAGAACUUUAGAAAAGGUUCAAAAUUAUCUCAUUGAAGUAUUUCCUUCAACUUGUUAGGUUUUUCCACCCAUCUAACCAUUAAAAGAAGCCGCAUGUUAUCGGAAUUUCAUUAUGGGGACAGUAUGAGUUAUCUUUUGAAAUAACAAAAUAAUUACAUGUACUUGUAUCUAACAUUAUGUUGGCUACAUAAAUCGAACAGGGUUGAGGUGUAAACCAGUAAACUAAUGCUUGGGGCUUUGAAAUUCAGUGUUAACUUUAUGAAUAGUUAUCGAUAACUCAAUGUUAUUCACUCACGAAUUUUUUUUUCUAUAGAUAUGCUGAUUUCUGAUGAUAUUGUUUCUAAUAUCUUCAGAAUGGUCUAGAGUGUUCCUAAAUAGUGUUUAAACUUAUAUUCUCCAUCGUUUAUGGGUCAUAAAAUGCUUGAUUCUUACUAUGAGGUCUGUUUUCUUACAAAACCUACUUUGAUUGUGUUCACACUUUAUAUACACACGUGAUUAUCUUAUCAUAGGUCCUCUUAAAUUUUCACAUGUGCUAACUUCAUUCUGUAGAAACAAGUAGACAGUUAGUAUAAAACAUUACAUUAGUGCGUAGUUAUCGACUAUUAUAUUAAAUUGUAAUUUGGAAUUUUGGGUAGUUUUGGUCUUUUUAUAUGUGUACGUACUUCACCUGGUAGUUACUAUGCCGUACAUUUGAAACUCCAAAUCGUUCCCAAAGUAUAUAUCCCUAUCGUUCUCAUUGUCGGUCUAUGCUGAUUUCAUCUACCUUUCCAGCUUUUUCUAUGGUAGCUGUUUUAUCUGUCCUCGUAAUCACUUUAAAUGGACCAUCAUAGUUCGGCUGCCAAGGUGGUUGUGCGUUAUCUCUUCUAAUGAACAAAUGAGUGUUAUUAUGCAGUAAACGUAGCGUAGCUCCAUACACCAACUUUGCUUAACAACAUCCAAUAUCCUGUUUAAUUGUUGUUCUCAAACCCAACAUGAUUAGAGUAAGCUUAUUAGCCCAAUCGUUAUUGACAAUGACAGUUAUAAGAGACGCUUUUAACUGUCUGUGCCGGCGUUCAAGCAUACCGUUUGCCAUCGGAUGUUAGAAUAUCGUGCGAAUACGUUUAAUUCCGAGUUCUGUAAACUGCUGGAAAAGGCGACUUUCGAGUCGAGCUCCUUCAUCAGUUGUGAUAAUCUCUGGCACUCCAUAACAAGAAGUCCAAUUCUCGAUUGAGGCUUUGGUAACAAACUCGGCUAAGGCACCCUUUAUCGGUACCGCUACAGGCCAUCGCGUGAAUUUAUCGAUGCAUAUAAAAUUGUGGUUGUAGCCACUGGAAAUUGACAGAAAUUGAUAUUGUUAUAGCAACUCCGUUACAAUUAAUUUUGAUUACGCUUAAUUGACUUAUUUAACAGACAGUGUUAUUCGAACAGUAACAGUUCGUAUAUUUCAUUAUAUUAUUAUGAUCACGAUCAUGUCUGUAUAAACGUGUAUACUUGGUCACAUGUGACAGCCUACACACCUAUUCUUCACUCUACCUUAAGUGUUAAUCACUUAAAUAUCUCUCGAUGAACCAUUUUACUUCCCAUAUAUAUGUGCUAGAAUCUUAUUAAUUGCCUUGCCGUGUAGCAUGUUCGGGAUGCUAUUCUCCCCCUCGAAAUGCAAAAUGUUGCUUCAGGAUUGGGUUGCAUUGAAGCCCGAACUAAUGAUAGAGAGUGAAGUAGUCGAUCUUGUCGACCGCCUCACUUACUUUGGAAGUCUCAUCAGCCCUUGUGGUCUGGUGUGUGACGAAAUCUCAGCACGGAUACAGAAGGCUCGACUAGCUUUUACCAACUUGCGUCAUUUAUGGCGUAGGCGCGCACGGCCUUUUCGUGGAAGGUUUUUAACGUGUUAGCUCCGUUCUUCAAAGGGCCUUACCGCCGGAGACGGAAAUCCGUAAGGUAAGGUGAGGUGUGACAUUUUUAGGGUCGACCUUUUCUAACCCCACCCCUCCUUGUGGGAAGGCAGCAUCGCUGUCAUGCCGGUUGUCCGAGGGAAACACCUUACUGCUGUCACACCCCUCUACAGUCAGCAGUACGACUUCGCCCUCAGACCUUGAGUUGCUGCUUUUAGUCUUACCGUUCACCAAUCGACCUGCCUGGCAUGGUAGAAUCUACAGGAACAUAUGUUCCAGCCAAUAUAGCUUGGUUGGGUCAUUACGAUAGGCAAGUAGACUGAGUCAUGUUAGUAGGUCUAGACUACCUGGUUGGGGACCGCGAGAUGAUAGCAACCGAUGUUUAAAGACCCUGAAUGACAUGGUUCAAAAUCGUUUGCAAUGGCGCAGGUGCAUACACUCUUUGUGUUCUCCCAAAUUUUGAUCUCCUUAUUCCUCCUUGUCUCUUUUUUUUUCUCUCCCCAAAUUUAUUUCACUGGAUUAUACUCUUUAAAUAACAUAUCCAAACACUGAUUUUCCCGAUUACUGCUUAUACUCUUAUUACCUCUACCACUACGGGAUUUGAAUCGACCACUGCAUCUCUGUGCUAAUGUGGUGUGGCAACUCGAACUGAUGUACGUACGUGCGAAGUUCUACGUUGUUACUGACUGACUGGCUGCCUUGCCGUGCUUCGCUUCGCCUUGGUUCGAUUUGACUCCGAAUCUGCCUCCGUAUCCGCUUGCUCGCGCGUACUCGCCUCUCUGCUCCAAUUCGCUCGAUGUACUUGUAACUUGGUUAUCUGUGUUGUCCAAUAAUAAAUUGUAGCCGUCACUUCUUGUUUCCUUCUGAAUUCUUACACCGUUGGGAUUUAUUUAAUAACGGUUAUCAUGGCGAUUGAUAAACGAAAUCUAAGGUAUUAUCUCGAAUCCAAACCGUACAGUGUUCUUGGAGUACUGUGUGUUAAAUGAGUUAAUUGAAGGGCUUGACAAAAUUAACUGUUGACAAAAUUAAUCGUAAGGGAGUUACUUUAGUUGACCCACCAUUAUUUCAGCUUUUCUUGAACAAUUACCACCAUUGUAUGGUAUUUAUUUCACAUUGUUGUGGCGAUAGACCAGGAUCAUAUAUACUCAUCAACAACAUAAAAAUUCAGUUUACAUAACAUAAACUGGUUUUAGAAUUUUGUUUAAGUUUAGAUUUUGAACCUGAUUUUCAUUGAAAUUUUUCACUUGACUUACAAUAACGGUUUUUCUCCAUCAGUUGUUGCUAUGAUAUCAGUGAAACUUCUUCCCUAGACUGUUAAUAUAUAUCUUAAGUAGCUUUGAAUGUGAAUAAUGUUUAAAUUUAUCUUUUAUGUCGAAGUCAAUGUAAAAUUCGGAAAUUUAUUUUGUGAUUAUUUGUCGGAUAGAAAGUAAGAGUUUAAAAAGAUACAUAAUAAACAGGUUUCCCAACUGUAUUUUCUCUCCAUUACUACUUUCCAGUUACUUGCAAACUGUACAAUUGAUAGUUUAAAACAAUGUGCUACACGUCUUGUAGAGCAAGCUCGGAGUGCGGCGUUCGCUCCUGAUUUCGUUUCUCCAUUCGCUAGUGAAGCACGUCGUUACGGUAUAAACAUUGCGGGUCAGUUGGAAUUAAUUUCUGUUCUUAUCAAAUUGAAGUUUAUUUUUUUCUACCAUUGAUUCGUUAGUUUUUUUGUACACAUUAGAAGAUGAAGGAAUUUGACUCCAUCGCCAACCUUAAGACUUGAAAUUAAGGAAGAGUACACAAAUUUAUAUUUGAUAAAUUAGUAACUGAGUAUAUUAUGUGUAUUAUAUAUUUUCCAUUAUAGUGACUAAGCUUGGUAUGCUCAUUUCACAGAUUUGAAGUCAGUUAACAUAUAACAAACGGUAAUGAUGACUUCUUGAGGAGUACUUUGUGUAACUGCUACUCUCCCAGUUGUUCUGUCUACUGUUCAUUUCUUUACAAUGAUUAUAUUAUUCUGUGUGGUAGAUUUCAUUUGGAGCCUACUACAUAUUAAUACUUCUAUGUAUUUGGUAAAUACAGAUCACAUAGCAAUUAAAGUUAAUGUUAAAAUAUUUGACCAAUUAUUUCGAAACCUUCUGAAGUUUUCAUGGUGAAUUAUAGACCUCCUGACAUUUCAUCAAAUGGUUCUUAUUUCUAAGUAUGUUAACAAUUUGUCUUUCAAAAAAAUUGGUUACAGUGUUUCCUAUGUACCUGGAAUAGAAACAGUGAAAUAAGAUUGUCUUCUAAAGCUUAUCAUUUUUGUUUAACUGAAUGGUUGUAGAGAUGCGUUACAUUUUGUAGUAGUUUACGUCACGAGCUAACCUUAGUUGUUAAGUAACCAAUACGAAACAGAAAGAACUGAAAACAUCCAUCUUGUCCUACGUUAUAACUUUGGGACUCGAUCUCAGAAAGCUCGGUUGAUUUUCGCCUACUUGCAACGCAUACGAUAUAGGCAAGAUGUCCAUUCAUCAACCAGAAGACGAGUAUACGACGCAUCAGUUCGUUUUUGAACCAACACAUAAAUGUACAAGGUUCUAUGUUGUUUAUGGCUGACUGAGUUUAUAACUCAACAGUACACACCUACAAACUUUUCAAGGAUCAGACUCAAGUUCUGUUAGCCUCAAGUGGUGUGUGUUUCUUUUGGAUUAAUGAGCUAGUUUUUGAUGGUUCACAUUACCAAUUUCAGUUGGUAGUUCUCGUUUUAGCGCAUUAUCAAUAGGUAACUGUCCCACUUCUGAUGGUUUUUGACUUGAUGUAAGCACUUAACAAAUGACGUGAUCAGAUUACCAAUCAUAAACCAUAUGCAAAUAAAUAAUGCAUACCUAAAAUUCUUGAUUGGGUUUACAAACUACGUUGGUCACUUUUUAUCCAAAGAAGAAAUCUGGGUAUAUAAUGUAUGUCAGGUAUCUAAGAGUCCUAUUAUUUGUUUGAACACAUAAACAUUGGAAUAAGAGGGCACCAAAUAAAUAUGUGCCACAAAAUAACAAUCAGGUUAUGCAGAGAUAGGGAAUAUAAAGUGCGUAUAAUACAAAAGAAGAACAGUAAACAGAAAUAAGUGUGAGAGGUGAAUAAUGUUAAUGAUGAUAAUAAUGGGAGCAGCAGUUCAGUUAGCGCGCCCAAAUGCCCUGGUAUGGCCGAGGGUGUAGAGAGUCAGCUCUCUUUCUCUAAAUGCUUUCACAUGGCCACGUAUAUACAACAAAUGCCAGGAAAUUCCUACUCACUGCCUUCUCGUGGCGGGGGCGUUGUUUAGGAAGUUGAGAGAACGAAAAGCGAAUGUUCGGCGCUUUAACCGGCUUGGUGAAUACGGAGGAUCUACCUAGGGGAGUUGGGAAACCCUGGUUCCAAACCAAUGGUGCACAUGGGCUCCAGGAUCCUGAGGAAACAAAUGGCGUAUGAACUCAUUGUUGGUCGCCGGCUACCGUGGUACUACAUCUAACGCUGCUCCACUGCCUUGAAGAUUAGACCUCUAUGUCAGAGGCUUGGGGUGUGAUGCACCCGAAAAACCACCUGUUCCAAUUUGGACAUCCGAGCAGUAUUUCAGCCCUCACACAAAUAGAAUGAUUUGUUUGGCGCAUAUGUAUUUGGUGAGUCCUUGUACCAACGUUUGUCUAAAUAAUCAAUAAGUUCAGUUAUUAAAAAUGCAACCAGUAAGAAUUCUUUCGGUUAAAGAAUUUACUCUCACUGUUAUGAAGAAAUUAAAAUAAAGUUACAGCAGGAUCUUCAAUGGCUUCUAUUCUGACCUAUGUCUGAUAACGACUCAAUCCACUGUGUUGAACUAUAUCUAGGUCCCCAACCAGGGAGUCGCGAAGAGGCAACAUAUGUGGAAUUGGCUGGUUGACAUUCAUAAGGCAUGUCCAAGCCAUCAAAGUAGGUGUUCCAAGAUGGUUACACCAUCUGAAUUAUCGUUGCUGUGCCCGGACACACUGCAGUGCUAACAUGGUGUUGCCACUGGAUGUCAGAAAUCCUUCGGAGACAACGAUGAUCAAACACAGAGAAUCGCUUAACAUACUCGACUCUCAGAGAGGCCAAGUUUCACAAGCAUAGAGCAAAACUGCUCUCACCGAUGCGUUGUAGAUCUGGCCUUUCACAGCCAGACUAAUAUCACGAAGGCGCCAAAGAUGGCUCAGAUUGGCAUAAGCCGCUCUGGCUUUCACUAUACGUGCAUUGAUUUCAUCACUCACGCCACGAUCAGCACUUAUGCAGCUACCUAGAUACACCAACUUCUCGAGUUCUAUCCGCUCACUACCCAGGGUGAGUGCAUGACCUGGGUUCUGUCAGUGUUUUAGAAGUACUUUCACUUCGGAGGUGCAAAGCACAUGUCAUAUCUGCGGACACUGAUUGCCAAGUGACUAAGUGCAGAUUGCAUGGCGUGGAUAACAUCUCACAGUAAGACAGUAUCAUUCACAUACUCAAGGUUGAAAAGUCUUUCUCCAGGCAACUGAUCCACACUACCAUUACCUACAUCCAUCAGAGCUGUUUUCAUAACGUCAUCGAUGGCAAAGUUGCAGAAAAGUGGUGAAACUGCGAAACCGUGUCUAACUCCACUGGUUGAAUGAAAAAAUGAAGAGAGGUGGUUGUAUGCCCUCACUCUGCCUGAGGUGUUUGUAUAAAAGACCUUCAAGAUGUUAAUAAAUUUCUGAGGCAUACCCUCCUUCAGUAGAAUAUCCCAAAGGACAGUCCUGUUCAACGAGUGGAAGGCGACCCUAAUGUCAAGAAACACCACAAUUGCUGGCCUGCAACAAGUGUGAUUGUGUCCAAACAUUCUACAGAUUGUGAAUAUACAAUCAAUUCAUCCUCAACUGGAACGGGAACCAACCUACUCCUCACAAGUCAUUGUUUCCCGGUUUUUGAACAAUCUACGAAAUAUGACGGAAGCCAAUAAUAGUAGACUUAUCGCGUGAUAGUUGCUGCAGAAACGACGUGAACCCUUUUUAAAAAUAGGGACAACUACCGGCUAAUUCCACGACAUUAGAACACUCUCUAGCCGCUAGUUAUCUAUAAACAAGUCAGUUCCUUAACCAGAAGGUCACCAUCGUCUUUAAAAGGGGUCGGAAGCAAGCCUUUUGGGUCUAGUGCUUUGUGGUACUUCAAGAGUAGGAGUUCCUUGCGGAAUUUCACCUCUUUAGGUUGAUUAGUCGUAACCGAUCACCCAGAGUAGAUCAACAUACUUCAAUGAGUUGUAAGGAGUCUGUAGAAAUUCAGAGCUUGUAAGUGAGACGUAACUAUAGUCAGUGCUCAUCUAUACUUUUUGGUGGAUUGAUAGCCAGCCUUGAGCCUAGCUCGGUUUGAUAUUUAGUUUUAAUAGAAGCUGCACCUAUUUCACUGAUAUCGACCUUUAGGGCGAUAGAUCUGUUGCCCACUGAAACUUAAGAAAAGAUUAGCACAAAGAAGGGCAUGGUCAGAGUCCAGGUAACUACUCCAAAAGGAGCGGCAGUCUUGUAUACAACUACACCAAAGGUAGCCGAUCACGAUGUGAUCAAUCUAAGUCCAGGUUUGAGAUGCAGAGGUAGGAAUCCAGGUAGCGCAUCGGUGAUGACUGUGACGAUAGUUAGCGUCAACCAGAAACAAGUUGUAGUCUGCGCAAAGUUGCAGUAAACGGUCAUUGUUAUCUAACCUGCGAUCAACAAGACUCCAUUGGCCACCCGAACGACUCUCUUCCGUGCCUAGACUCCUGACCUGUACUAUCAAGUCUUCGGGUAGUACUUCAAUAUCUAUCGAACGCACGUUUUAUAGAACACUUAACGGGUGGUCAGACUCAUCUUUGAUUACAUCCGGACUACAGUCUGUUGGAGUGUAAGCGGAUAUGACGAAAACACAUCGUUUCUCACACUGAUUUCUUCGAACUUUGAUUGAGCUUUCUAAUCUAACAUCACAUAGUCGAUUGUUAAUAUGGAUCCAGGCGAUUAGUGUUGCCUCAGCUCUAGCGUUUAAUGCGACAUGAACGCCAGCAAAACCAGGUAAAGAUGCCACACAGCCCUCCCCCCGAUAAUUGCUCGGGGAACAAGCUUAUAUAAUCGGCGGAUGGAGAGCGAGUUUGUAGUACUUCACUAGAGUCUUGAAUAAGAUUAUCAGAUAGACAACAGACGUUGAUGUUGCGAUUUUUUAGAGACACAGUCAACCCUAUCUGUUAUCCGAUCUAUUUUAGUGUGCGAACGUUGAAAAAGGCCAGUUUGAAUGAUAUACGUGGUUUCAGAAAGACUGAUUUAGUAUUCGUAGUCGGUAGAAGCAUUCAACUCUCGACCAAUCAGUAACUUGAGGUCGUUUAAAUAGGAUAGGGUUUUCACCAUAGGCGAGCUGCUGUAUAAGUUGAAAGACAGAAUACAUCAAAUGAAAGUAAAAUGGAGUAGAUAAGUGACGUACUAUAAGAGAAAUUGACUCAUGAUCUCAACAAUUCAAAUUACUAAAAUCUCCACAAAACCCCCUUCUGAUAUUAAUCAACAUAUGCUCACUAGUGACUGGCUUCAAAAUAUAUAUCCUGGAGUUCUAGUGAGAAGCAGUGACCAGUGGAGUUCAACCGGGUCAGUUGUGAGAUAGCGACUCAAUGAUGACAAUGGUGGAUGUGUCGCUCAAUUUCGUGGGUUAGUUGAAGUUAGACAUUAACACCGUUGGAUGCCGGCUCAAAGGUCUAGUGGUUAAGUGCUCGCGCGCGAGACCAGUAGGUCCUGGGCUCGAAUGAUACGAGGCGGGAUCGUGGAUGUGCACUGCUGAGGGGUCCCACAACAGGACGAAACGGCCGUCCAGUGCUUCCAGGUUUUCCAUGGUGGUCUAGCUUCAAUUGACUCAUGAUCUCAACAAUUGAAAAACGAAUAUUACCAAAUGAUUGUGGAUAUGAUUUCUCUGAAUGAUUGUUGAAGCAAGAGUAAUUUUUCCGGUAGUAAUUACGAUUUGAUUAUUUAGACACAAACGUUGGUACAAGGACUCACCAAAUACAUAUGCGCCAAACAAAUCAUUCUAUUUGUGUGAGGGCUGAAAUACUGCUCGGAUGUCCAAAUUGGAACAGGUGGUUUUUCGGGUGCAUCACACCCCAAGCCUCUGACAUAGAGGUCUAAUCUUCAAGGCAGUGGAGCAGCGUUAGAUGUAGUACCACGGUAGCCGGCGACCAACAAUGAGUUCAUACGCCAUUUGUUUCCUCAGGAUCCUGGAGCCCAUGUGCACCAUUGGUUUGGAACCAGGGUUUCCCAACUCCCCUAGGUAGAUCCUCCGUAUUCACCAAGCCGGUUAAAGCGCCGAACAUUCGCUUUUCGUUCUCUCAACUUCCUAAACAACGCCCCCGCCACGAGAAGGCAGUGAGUAGGAAUUUCCUGGCAUUUGUUGUAUAUACGUGGCCAUGUGAAAGCAUUUAGAGAAAGAGAGCUGACUCUCUACACCCUCGGCCAUAUAUGGGCAUUUGGAGAUAAAAUUUAAAGGAAUGAGCCUCUGUCGACUAUAUUGACGAGGUGAACAUUGUGGAUGCUCUCGAUUGGAUUGGCUUGCGGUUCCCUUCGAAUCGAUCUGGGCGGGAUUAGUUCACCAACCAGCGCCAGUCAACUCCAUUGGUGGUCGAAUGCGCUUCCCAUUGCGCCAAAACAAAUUAGAAUGAUUUCAUUACUAACUGUUAUCGGCCUUUAAAUAACAUGUAGGUUCAUAAAUGAUUUUUAUUCUCAUCCAAUAAAUUAAUCUAAAUUGAACUUCAAAUAACUGGUAUGCUUAUUAAGCCUUCAUAUGCUACUUUUCCAUCAAAAUACUGAGAUAUAUACGUAUAGCUCUUCCAAAAUUUGAAUUUUUUAAAUCUUCAGGUAAACCUACUGUGCCCAUUAUUCCAUUCCCGUUGUCAAACAAGCAGUAUCGAUUUUAUAAUUAUUACCCGCUCAACACUUUAAGCCUCAGUGCAUGUGAUGUAUUUGAUACAACUAUUUAUGGCGAUAAGCAGACGUAGAAAGUGAUUAGCAAUGGAAUUCAAGACGCACGUUUUGUCCUUUUUAGGACCGGUCAGCUGGGUAUAGUUGCGUCUUAGAGCUGGUGUUCACUUCGAGACUCGAACCUAGUACCAUUCGCUUAAAUUUCAUCGCGUUAUCCAAUGAGCUAUUGAAUCCAGUUUGUGUAAUGGAGUAUGUUUAAUUCAUUCGUACUGGUUGUUUAAAUCUUCCCAUUGAUGUUAAGGACUGCAAUUGAUCAGUCUUUUUUGGCAUAUAUGCAUGUAAAAUAUAUCAAAGUGUAUCAACUAUCAAGUUAUUCUGUGACAUUAAGUAUUUUCAUUAAUGUAAUGAAAUCUAUUCAAUAUUGUAAAUUUAUGUUAACAUUCAACCACUAUUUUACACUUGUCAUUUUUUCAAGGUGGAGUCCCUGGUGACAUAACCGUCAUUCUAGGAUUAGUUAUCGAGGAGAAACCAUCACCAACUAGUAAUCAUGUAAAAGAAACACGAUCCUCAUUAAAUCAUCAUCAUUUACUUUUUCAACCAAAUCGAAGUUUAUCAUGUUUUGAAUUAAACUGUAAUAAAUUUCAUUCAUUCAUUUCUUCCUCUUCAACAUUGCCAACUUCUUCAGCUAGUACUAAUACUGCUAAGUCUUUUUCUUCAAAAUUAUCUCGAACUUAUUCAUGUACUUAAUACCUUUUUCUAGUUAUAUUCGAAAAAAAAGUCAUAACUAGAUUUAUCUUGUCCUACUGUCUGCUAAGACGGUCAGAUACUGUUUAAGAGUUAUCAACUAGUUGACUAUUUAACCUUUUUUUCUCUCACUUUCACACACACAUACACUGCACAUCUUUGACUACACAUAUUGUAAAUACUUUUAACCAAUGAAGUUAGCCAAACAAUUGUUAUCAUUAUUCUCUUACUUUCUUAUAAGUGUUUUAUCUUUUCACAGUAAGUCAAAUAAUCCAUUUGUUUAUAAUGAGGGAGAAUAUCAAUUUAUGUGUAGAGAUGAUCUUGUGUUGUAUAAUUGUAGAAAUCAUAUUUAUCAUGUCUGUUUUAUUUCCAAAAAUUUAAUUCCUCUUUCUUCUGUUUGUUAUCAGUCUUAUUUAGAACUUUUAUUUCCAUUGUAUAUAUGUAAUACAUUUGUAUGUAUAGAGGACAUUAGUGUGGCUUUGAUUGUUUUUUUAUAUAUUUGUUUUAUCUUGAUUGUUGUAAAUGAUCAAUUUAAUUGGUUGGGUAGAAUUAAUUAAUGGUUGUGCAUAUGCAUAUGUGCUCUUUCCAAAUAACUGGGAAGUUAUUUUAUUGUCAUUUUUAUGUUGUUUGUAUAUUACACAAAAUGUAAUCAACCUGAGUACUGGAUUCAAGAUAUAGUUAGUAUUAUAUCUUGUUAACUUUUUUCGUUGUCACUUUCCUCUUUUAUUGUAUUGAUGUGAAGUGUGGCAAUUCCAAUUCGUUAUGAAUUCAUUCCAGUUUCUACGUUAAUGAUCAUCAAUUAAGUUCACGUCUUAAUGUAAAUAUCAAUAUUGAGUUGUCUUAAAUUGGACGAAAAGUGUAUCCUGAUUUUCGUUGCUAGAAACUACCGAAAAUACAAUCAUGUGAAGUUCGGUUGGAAACCAAGACUUGAACUAAACAGGUGUCUAGUAUUUUUUCGUAUUCAAUCCUUCUCUAACCAAAGCUACAUCAUGAUAAUAAUCAUCUUGGAACUACAUAAAUAUCUACGAAAAUCGGAAUUAAGUAGAGUAAUUUAUAUCAGUUAUGUUUGGUGAUUUUCGAGGAAGUUGGUAGUUAAUCUAAUUUUUUACAGAAAGAAUUGAAUUUUGUGGUGAAUACAUUGAAAGUUUUAACGAAAUAAAAUAAUAUUGAUUGAUAAUAAAUAUCAUUACAUAAUCAACAUGUAACUUUCGUUCAUCUUCUAUAACUUCGUGCCAGUUGGUAGGAACUGAUCAACAUGAGGUCAUAUUUUUUUAGAAAACAAAAACUUUUAUUUCAUUAAAAACCAUUUGAUUGGUUUUCUUUUUAAUCAGUUCAACGAAAUUUUAUACCUGAAUACUAUUAUGGCGCUCUAAUUUAUGCAUUUGUUUGUUUUAUAUUUAACAUGGAAAUUAUAUCUAGUUUUAGUCAGCUAAGAUGAACGUUUGAUUUCAAAAUUAUUAAACUAGAAAGAGCUAAAUUCCUAAUAUGGAUUGUCCACGUUUUUCGGUCUGUUUACUCAUGGGUGAUUGUCACAGUUCAAAAAAAUCACACGGAGGAAGUUAAAUUCUUUAAGGAAUAAAGAAAAAGAAUUUCUUUUACUAUCGAUAGUGUUAUUAAAUUAGGAACGUGAACGCAAAACUUAAAUAGCAUGUUUAUGUAGCAGGUAAAAUUAAGGUUCCGUACAAUUUUUCCUAUUGGUGAAUUCGACUAAAUAAGAACUAUUAACGUAACAAAAUAACAUGAAUUCAACAUAUUUCGCGAUUUCUGAUCAGUUACUUAAGGCCCUACAGAUCAAUAUUAUCAGUGAUUAAUACUUCGUUUCAGAAGCUCGCUCGUUUAUCAGUAAGUUGGAACAGAUCUGUUAAAAGUUUUCUGUCUAUAGUUUAAAAGACACCUUUCAGUUUACUUAAAUACUAGAAAAAGUUGACGUUUCUAAUACAUGUUUUCCUUUAAUGUAUUAUCUUUAUUUACCUCAGUCCACUGGAAGAAACCGUGCUAAUAAAAUGUCAAUAGGCUGAUCUACUCUCCCUACCAAAACAUGAAUUCAAGCAGCUCUUACUAAAGAUAUUUGUUAUAUCCUAGUGAGGAUUAAGUUAUAGUUAACUUCUGAGAACUAUUUAUGGACUAAUAUUAUACGUAUAUUCUUAUUAUGUAACUAUUCAGAAACUAAAUUACGUAUAUCUAUAUUCCUCUUAUUAUAAGCUUUAUUUUGACCUAUAGACUAUUAUGAUACGAUUUAAUAUUCUUAAAUUAUGCUCAGUUUGUUAAUUAAAGUCUCCCGCAAUCACAGCCACUUUUUCGCUUAAUCUUGUACAAAUGUUAUUUCCUAUUUUAUGAUGUGAUGUGGUUCGUUUGGCUUGUAUAUAAACCAAGUAUAUUUGAAAUAAACGAUUCGUAUAUUGGAAGCUGG